CCAGAAUGGUCUUCAAGCUCAUCACCACAAUGCUCCAGGCCACUGAUGGCGGCGCAACUCCAGCAGCCCCUGGCUCCAUCACUGACACGUACAAUGCCACACAGGACGUCAACAUCAUCGACGCCCCUGCUCCUCGUCCUGAUCAGCUUCCUAUGGGAUCAUCAAGAAACACCUGGCCCAACAUCGUGAACAACAAGCGCACCGUUAUCUUCUGCACUACUCAAUUUUCUUACCUUCGCAACCGUGAGAACUGCAUUCAUGACUUCACCGGAGGCCCUCUCCUCGCCUAAAGGCCCUCACGUGUAGCCAUGCACACCAUGUUUCACGUGUAGCCAUGCAAACUAUGUACAGGGACAGAAGGUCUUGCAAGUAUCUUGACGAUUAAAGAUGCACCCAGCAUGUCGAUGAAAGGGAGAGUUUGUGGUUGCAGACAAAUUC